AUGACCGACCAAGGGUUAUCAGACGAGGCCGCGGCAGCAGCUUGCAAAGAUGGAAACCCACUUACGAAGGAUUUCAUGAUGCAGCAGACCAUGCUGAGGGUGAAGGAUCCAGUGAAAUCCCUGGACUUCUAUACCCGGAUCAUGGGAAUGACGUUACUACAAAAGUUUGACUUCCCCUCCAUGCACUUCUCCCUUUACUUCCUGGGUUACGAGGACAAGAAGGAGAUCCCUGCUGACGUGAAAGAAAGAACGGCAUGGACCUUUUCCAGACGAGCCACCAUUGAGCUCACCCAUAACUGGGGCUCUGAGAGUGACGCUAGCCAGUCUUACCACAAUGGCAACUCGGACCCUCGUGGCUUUGGGCACAUUGGAAUUGCGGUGCCUGACGUCUAUGCUGCCUGCAAGCUGUUUGAAGAGCAAGCAGUCACCUUUGUCAAGAAGCCCGAUGAUGGUAAAAUGAAGGGGCUGGCGUUUGUACAGGACCCUGAUGGCUACUGGAUCGAGAUUCUCAGCCCCAACAACAUGGUCUCCAUCACCUCUUAAAGAGGCAAGAAGGAUCCCCCCCCAAUGGGAUACAGUGCCGUGGUGUUAUUUGGGAUGUAGAUUUUGCCAACCUUUUUAGGAAAACCCACCCAGUUCCAUGAAGGAUACUUAUGGGAGUAGCAGUGACAGGACAUAAGGACAAGGCUCACUUUUUUUAUUGUCAUGAGAGAUCGUGGCAAUGAAAUGCAGCCCGGCAUUGGGAAAAGGGCCAAUCAUAAAGAAUUAGGGUUUUCUCAUUGAGUUUAAUGGCUAAGCGCAGGUUUGGCGGACAUUUUGUUUUGAGUAUACAGCGAUGCCUAACUUAACCUUCUAAUGUGCAGUAAAGCUAAACGCCACUGUUCAAAGCUA